AUGUCACCUUGGCUUUUGGAGCGCGCACAAUGGUCACUUGUGCUACUGCCUUCUGUGAUCCUCCUGCUCGCCCUUCCGGUCUGCAGAACCCCGCUCAGGUUCAUGUGGAACUGCUUUGUCAAGCCGUUCCUGCGCUCCUAUGGUGAUCAAAAAGAACAACUCGAAGGUUUCUACCAAGGUCAAGCCGACGUCUAUGAUUCAACUCGUAGUCAUCUGCUCAAGGGUCGAGAGACGAUGUUGCAAUUACUCGCAAGCCAUUUGAAAGCCCAGCCAACCCCGUUGAGCGGUGCGAGACCCAAAAUCUGGGUCGACAUUGGGGGAGGUACAGGCUUCAAUAUUGAGAAGAUGCAAGUGGACGAGUACCUGCCCAUCACAUGGUUUGACGCCGUCUACCUCGUUGAUCUCUGCGAGCCGUUACUUGAAGUGGCCAGAAAGCGUUUCGCAGCCAAGGGGUGGAAAAACGUGCACGUCCUCUGCCAAGAUGCAUCCAAGUUCACGAUUCCCGAAUGGGAGUCCGGCGCCUUGGAUCCAAGAGGGACUGACGUCGAGAUUCCCUCAUUCUACUCUCUUUUGGACCGAUGCGACCAAGUGCUUGAUCCCAAGCGUGGUUUGAUGGGUGUCGUUGACUUUUACACCUCUCGAGACCUCGGGAGUAAGGAGAGGGCCAUCGGAACCAUGUCGAAGCGAAUGUCUUGGUUUGCAAAGUGGUUCUGGGAGUCUUGGUUUGAGCUUGACCACGUCCACUUGCACGCUUCUAGGCGAGACUAUCUUGAAUACAAAAUGGGUACCAUCAAGCUGUACAAUGGUCGUAACAACUUUCUCAAUUCUUGGUUCAUUCAGAUUCCCUACUACAUUUUCAUCGGAUGCUCCCGUGGCAGGGAUGCAUCGGCUGCCGCAGAAGCCUUCGAGAAGCUCGCUGGAAACAGACUUGGGCGAGACAGUAGUGGUCUGCUUACGCCAACUUCGCCUUUUACUAUGUCACCAUUCGCUACGCCAUUGAGUGAAAAGAAUCACUUUAUCCCUGAUCUCUCUCUGGGACCAAGCGCUGCCGAGAUGGAGCAGACCAUUUUCGACGUCGGUGCACCAUUCAGUCCAUUCCACUACCAGUUGAGAAAGGCAUGGCGAGUGCCAUAUCUUGAGGAGAAGAUUCACGAGCAGUUCCGAACACAUAUCUAUGGCUGGACUUGGGAAGAUCCAGAUAUCGAUGUGAAGCGAUUGGGCAUCAAAAAGGAUGACCACGUCCUUGCGAUCACCAGUGCAGGCGACAAUGUGCUUCAUUACGCUCUCGCAGCGAAUUGCGAACGAAUCCAUGCAGUUGAUAUGAACCCAUGUCAAGGUCACAUCCUCGAACUCAAGCUGGCUGCGAUCCAGACGCUCGAGUACUCCGACUUUUGGCAGACGUUUGGCGAAGGCAGACAUCCCGACUUUGAUCGAUUACUCGACUCCAAACUCGCUCCAUUCCUGUCCUCGCAUGCUUACGCCUACUGGAAGACGCACGCUGGUCAAUUCAAGCGCAACUUUUACUUCAGAGGCUACAGUGGCUGGGCCUUACGUUUGGCUCAAGUGGCUUUCUUCUUGGCAGGAGUGUCGAAGGACGUCAAGCAGUUGUGUAGAGCUUCGUCAACGGCAGAGCAAAAGCGCAUCUGGGACAGCAGAUUACGCCCUGUCUUGUUCAAUCGUGUUAUGAUGAAGAUGUUCUUGGGGAACCCUAUCUUCAAUUGGCACGCCCUGGGCGUCCCUCGAAAUCAGAUGAAUUGCUUCUUGCAGGAUGGCACGGUGGAAGACUUCUGUAAAGCCACGCUUGACCCAGUCCCAGGAUUGACAACACUCAAGGACGACAAUUACUUCUUCUUCCUCUGCUUGAAUGGACGAUACACUCGGGCAUCUUGUCCUGCGUACUUGAAGCCAGAGGGCUUCUCCACUCUGAAAGCGGACAAGGUCAACAACUCGUUCAAAUUGCACACCGAUACCAUUCUCAACGUCCUGCGCGGUCUUGAAGAUGGAAGCUUGACCAAAAUCAUCGUUAUGGAUUCGAUGGAUUGGUUCGAUCCUAUCCCUCCUGAAACACCCAUGCCGACCGGUCGAGCUCCUGAUGAGUCGGACGAGAGUCCUGAGGAGGCAUAUGAACAUCUUCGCUCAGAGUUGGAUUAUGAGAUCGUGGAGAUGAGGAGGGUCCUCAAGAGCGGCGGAAUGGCCGUCUGGCGAAGCGCAGCCAAGCGACCUUGGUAUUGCCAAAGGUUUGAAGCCGCUGGUUUCAAAGUCGAACCUAUUGAUAUCCGUGAGAAUGGAAAGGCCAUUGACCGCGUCAACAUGUACGCGUCUUUCUGGCGAGCCAUCAAGUCAUAG